AUGGAGGAGAAUCAAGCUGCACACAAGCGACGACGCAAUGAAGAAACUCAAUCGCAUGUUCCCGAGGGAAGUGCAUAUCAUGCACAUACCUCUGUAGACGUUACGAUCAGGAGCCGUCCCACCAUCAAAACUACAUACUUUCAAAAUGCCAACACGUCUCCGGCUGUACCCACUAGUUCCUCGAUCACAAACCUUGGGAGUUCCGAGACUUUUGAUUUCGCUUCUUAUUUCAAUGAUGAUCAACCAUACCUCGAUUAUCUUGCCGACACCAGCACAGAUACCACACCAGUGAAAGCCAAACGGCCACGCGCACCGGCGGAUGACCCUCAAAAACAAUGGCUGCAGGAGCGUGAUAAUUUUCUCAAGGAAUUCAUUCGGCUAGAAGGGCGUGGAGAUGAUGCAUGGCACAUGCGUUGUCACGGGGAGCAGACAUGCGUAAACCAGCCGUCUAUUCGGUGUACUGAUUGUGAAGGAUUACAGUUGUACUGUCAGUCUUGUGUCAUCUCACUGCACCGCGCAGCGCCUUUGCACCGUGUUGAAAUUUGGACUGGGAAAUACUUCCAGCGCAGCAACUUAAGAGACUUAGGGCUACGUGUCCAACUCGGACAUCCAACUGGUGUCCGUUGCUGCAAUCCCUCUCCUGCUUUCCAGGACGACUUCGUCGUCCUUGACAUCACCGGUGUCCACAGUAUCAUGCUAGAUUUCUGCAACUGCGAGACAGCGCAAACGCACACUACCCAACUCCUGCGCACUCGCUGGUACCCAGCAACCGUCACAGAUCCCCGAACUGCUGCAACAUUCCGGGUCCUUGAUCACUUCCAAAUGUACACUUUUGAGUCGAAAGGAUCCGCGUUUGAAUAUUACCAAGCAUUGGCACGUCUAACGGAUAAUACUAGGAGGUACCAGACUAAGUAUAAGGACCGUUAUGAAGCUUUCCUACGGAUGAGUCGGCAAUUUCGACAUAUACUAUCUCUUAAACGUGCCGGGCGUGGCCAUGACCCUGGUGGCGCUCUCGGCACAACGGAAGGAGAACUCGCCGUACUGUGCCCGGCUUGUCCGCAACCUGGCAAAAACUUGCCUUUGGGUUGGGAGACCAUUGAGGCCCAACACAAAUGGCUUUAUGCUUUAUUUCUGGCAAUGGACGCUAACUUUCGCUUAUGCCGCCGCAAUAAGUCCUCUGAGCAGGCAGACCCUAGCCUUAGCCAAGGCUGGGCUUAUUUCGUAGAACAAAGUGGAUUCAAAGAUGUUCUUGACGCUUAUGCCAGCCAGAAAAGUUCUUGUGCCAGUCACAACGCCGUUAAUCUUGCCGACACCAAGAAUUCACGGGGACUGGCUGCCACAGGCGUCGGCGCCAUCGUUUGUGCUCGUCAUAACCUCACACGUCCGUCCUCAGUUGGAGAUCUCCAAAAAGGAGAAAGAUAUGUGAAUAUGGAUUUCCUGUUCUUCUCGACUUUGCAACACUCUGGCGAGGUUCUCGUUCUCAAUAUCUCAUAUGAUAUUGCAUGUCAAUGGAGUAAGCAUUUGUGGGAGCGGAUGUCACGCUAUCCGUCCCAGAUCCAUUUUUCGGGCGACUCGAAAAUUUUAACAUUCCUCAUUCCCAAAUUUCAUCUGCCGGCGCAUAUUGCAGCAUGUCAAACUUCGUAUUCUCUUAACCUUAUCAAAGGCAUGGCGCGGACUGACGGUGAAGCCAUUGAACGCGGAUGGUCAAACAUGAAUCCUAUCGCUACCAGCACGCGUGAAAUGGGUCCAGGGUCAAGACGCGACAUCUUGGAUGACCACUUCGGCGACUGGAAUUGGCGUAAAGUGUCCAACUUGGGUCCUUCACUGCUCAAAAAACUCAAGGAGGCAAUUCCAGAAUGUUAUCAGCAUGCUGUAGAUCUUCGGGACUUCGAGGAAGCUAUCCCGUCUUCGAGUCUUAGUGCCUGGCGGAAGUUGGUAGAAGAUUGGGAGGGUGAUCGUUCAAAGCCGAACCCGUUUGAGAUUAAAGUGUCAGUUGUCACCCAGGCGUCUGUCAGACUCGAGCUCUCUCAGCUUGAAGCCCAGCAGCUAAGACAAGGGAUUGAUGCCUCCCUCCACCCAGAUGUCUCCCCUAGCAUAUUAAUAGCUGUUGGGAUCGACCUAGAGGCUUUACAACGUCGGCUCGCAACGGACACUGCGAACAUUGGAAUCCACGCCACCAAUAAUCAACUGUCUGCUAUGCAACAACGCAUCAAUGCACUGCGCCGUUGGAUUGAACAGUGGAUCCAAAUCCAAAUGCUAUAUAUCCCCAGUGUUGCCAGACUUCGAGCGUACACCUCUGAUACUGAGGAUACCACCCUUGAGGAGCCUGUUCACACCAUCAAACUGUGGAUGCCGUCUGCAGUGGUGAAAGCGGGCAUGUCUUGCGAUGUGAAUCUGUGUAACAUCGAGUGGAAGUUAUGCUGUGCCCAGGCGCAUGAUGGUCUCCAGGAGCUCCGGCAACACCUACGACUCAAACACCAUCUCACUGGGUUCAAGAAGAACUGGUUAACUGGCCAACGAGUGCACACAAGAUCCCAUGCCGUCAUUGAUACUGUCCAGGCGAAAAUAGACGCUGCCGCAACAAAGUAUCGCACGGCAUGGAGGGCACUUGAUGACUUAGCCGAUGCACUCCUACGCCUUGAUUGGGAAAUUGAAUUCCCAAAGCUCGAAGAUGAGCAUAUUUGUGGUAUGACUGAGGCGCAGGCGGGAGGUUUGGUGUCAGAAGGUCGAAGAUUCGUAGCCGUGUCUUGGAUUUGGAAGCAGCGCCAUGGAGUGGGUGAGGAAGAACUUUCUGAAGCAAUGUGCGUUGAGUGGUGCAAGGCACGAGCUCAUGCCAACAGGUGGGCAGAGGAGGUCGAACUUGUGCAGGAGGAGAUGCGACGUGUAUUAGCGUUCUUUGAGUGGAAUGCAGGUUGGUGGGAAGAACGCGCAACCUCCAGAAUAUAUGAUGGAGCAAUGGAGCACGAGGGAGCAGUUGCAUAUGCCUUGCGACAGGCUAAGAUCCGCCGGUCCAUGCGGAACGACUGUCUUUUCCUGUGGGAUGUGGUUCCCAGCCUUCUCUCUGUUCAAACCACUACAGAACGAGCACCUGUACCCGCCACGACUACUGCAUAG